AUGGACUUACAGGCAGUGAGGGACAUAAGGAAACUUGUCAUCGACCUCUGCCGCCAGCACAAUGGUGGCCAUGGCGGAUCUGCCAUUGGCAUGGCACCCAUGGCAGUCGCCCUGUGGAAGCAUGUUAUGCGAUAUAAUCCGAUGAACCCAGACUGGUUUGACCGAGAUAGAUUUGUUCUAUCGAAUGGACAUGCAGCUGUCUUGCUGUAUGCCAUGCUCCACAUCUCCGGGCACCCGCAUAUGUCCAUGGACGAGCUCAGGUUGUACGCCAGUGCAAAGCCGGUGGAUAGAGCCACAGGUAAAUGGAAGGAGGCCCUGUGUCUUGGUCACCCAGAGAUCCAUGUCUCCGGCGUUGAAGUGACUACCGGGCCUCUCGGGCAAGGCAUCUCCAACGCCGUAGGGCUUGCAAUCGCAUCGCGCAACUUGGCAGCAACCUUUAACCGACCCGGCCACGAGGUGAUCGGAUCCCACAUUUAUUGCGUCACCGGAGAUGGUUGUCUCCAGGAAGGAGUGGCAUGCGAGGCAUUGGCCGUUGCCGGAAACCUCGGACUCGACAACCUGACCUUGAUAUAUGACAACAACCGGGUGACCUGCGACGGCCCUCUGGAUUGGACGGCCUUGGAAGACACAAAUGCCAAGAUUAAAGCAUUGGGGUGGCACGUACUUGAUGUCCCAGACGGCGACGGAGACCUGGCUGUGUCCAACAUUGUCUCAGCUUUGGCCGAGGCGAAGACCCUGAAAGAGCGUCCUACCUUUAUAAACGUCCGAACUACAAUAGGCUAUGGGACUCUGCACGCGGGAACCGCCAAGGCGCAUCAUAGUUCAUUCACAGCGGAAGAUGCAGCAAAAUUUGCUCCGUCCGGCGAGUCCGCCACACACACCAUCUCCUCCGACACCAAGAAGUAUUUCGCGAGUCUUGUCGACAAGGGAAGCGCCCUGGAAGAGAAGUGGAAUGGCGUUCUCAAAACCUAUUCUGCUAGCUAUCCUGAGCUUGCCACUAUCUUGGACCAGCGAAUGCAGGGCACGGUCGACGUUCGCGCGGCUGGACUUUUGGAGUCGAUGGAGGUCCCAGAUUCGCCCAUGGCGACCAGGCAGUUCAAUGGCGUUCUAUUCAACCGCUUGAUCACCAGCGUCCCUUCCAUGAUCGCUGGCGGCGCCGACAUGUGGAACUCCACCAACAUGAGCGACGCGGCGCAACAGGAACUCAUCUUUGACCGCUCCCGUCCGUCUGGCAGGCUCGUUCGCUACGGCAUCCGCGAGCACGCCAUGGCGGCAAUCUCCAACGGCAUUGCAGCAUACCGGCGCGGCUGUUUCCUUCCAGUCACUGCGACGUUCUUCAUGUUUUACCUGUACGCGGCCCCGGGUGUGCGGAUGGGUGCCUUGAGUGAUCUCAGGGUAAUUCAUAUCGCUACGCAUGACUCCAUCGGCGAGGGCCAGAAUGGGCCAACGCACCAGCCAGUUGAGCUGGACAGCCUGUAUCGUGCAAUGCCAAACUUGCAGUAUAUUCGCCCAGCUGACCCCGAGGAAGUAAUUGGGGCAUGGGCCGCCGCGUUGGAAGUGGAGACGACACCGUCCAUCAUCUCACUGGCUCGCGAGCCCCUACUCUAUGGGCUUUCAGGGACGAAUAGGCAGAAGGUAAAGAGGGGAGGCUACGUUUUGUCCGAGGCACAAAUGGACGUGAAGGCGUUGGUAACGCUGGUAUCCUGCGGCUCUGAUCUGCAAUUCGCAGCGGAGGCCGCGCGGCGACUCAACGACGAGGGCAUCCCGACACGCCUGGUGAGUAUGCCCUGCAUCGAACUUUUCGAAAAGCAGCCGCAGGACUAUCAAGGCGAGGUGCUAUCCGCCUCCAAGCACAUCGUCUCUGUAGAGUCAUACGUCUCGACUGUCUGGGCUCGAUUCUGCGACGCCUCGGUCGCAAUGGACUCGUUUGGAUACUCGGGCUCGAGCACGGAGAAUUAUGCAAGAUUUGGGAUGGACAGCGAUGGUGUGGUGAGAAAGGUCAAAGCCUUGAUCGAGCAUGACAACCCCGGUGGCAAGAUAGGUGUGUCUCGAAGGUGGAGGCUUCUAAAGUAG